AUCAGAAAAAAACUCUCUUCUUUCUCCUUCACAGAGUCCUACGAUGGAGGACCAAUAUAAGCGGGAGGUUACUGUAACAAACCCUGAAAACAAAGAUAACACUAUUACUGAUCAAAGCCAUAGCCCUUCUAUAUAUCAUCUGCCUUCUUCUCCUACUAAUACUGAUUUUUCUUCUAAUACUUCAGUUAUUGAUCCUUUGAUUAACAAUGGCAACAACAACAAUAACAGUACUAAUAUUAUUGUUGCUUCUGUUGAUGGUGAUAAUGGAGGAUUUAGGGUUCUGGCAGAUAACGAAGAGCUUUAUUUGGAUUCUUUCCCAGCUGGGUAUAGGUUUAAACCCUAUGACAGAGAGCUUGUUGUUAGCUACCUCAAAAAGAAAAUUGAUAACGUACCUCUGCCUGCUAAUAGGAUCAGAGAGGUUCAGUUAUAUAAGCAUAAUCCUGAGACUCUUGCAGCAAAUUAUAAACCACAUGGGGAGAAUGAAUGGUACUUCUUCACGCCGAGAGAUCGAAAGUACCCAAAUGGGGACAGACCUAAUCGAGCUGCUGGCGAUGGAUACUGGAAGGCUACCGGUGCAGAUAAGCCUAUUUACAGUGGAGGCAUUAAAGUUGGAUUCCGGAAGGCAUUAGUGUUCUACAAAGGAAAACCUCCGAGAGGUGACAAAACUGAUUGGAUUAUGCAUGAAUAUAGAGUGAACGAACCUCAAAAGAGAAAAAGACAGGGAAACGAUAUGAAGCUUGAUGACUGGGUCUUAUGUAGGAUAUAUAAGAAAUUUGAUAAAGGCUUUAGAGCUCCCGCUCGACCUCGAGGUCAAGCUCCGACAAAAGAAACUGAUGCUUAUGAAAAUGAGCAUGAGCUUGAGCAUUCAACAAUGUUGCCAAUUAGAGAAUCGAAAGAAAACUUACUGCCUAUUGUGGGAACUUACAACCAUGAAAUCAAUCCAUAUCUUAAUACCCAUAUUGCAAAUUCUACUUUGGUUGCAUCUCAUCAUUUUAAUGGAUAUGUUGAAUCGUUCGACGAGCAGUAUGCUUACGGAAUCGGACCUGUGUUAGGUCCCAACCUUCCAUUUCAGAGUCAUUCCAAUCCUUCAACUGACUAUUUCAAUUAUCAUCCUCUGGAGAAUCUGGAUACAUUGGGUGAUUUCUCCUCUUUUGACAACUAUGAUCAUUUCCCGCCCUAUCAACACAAGAAUGGUGACAACUAUCAUUGACUAUAUUGCGUGGAGAGUCUGCAAUUUGAAGGUGAUAGCUUCCAUUGGCGUACUGACCUUAAUUUUUUAAGGCAAAAUUUAGUUGUUUGAACAUAUUAAUUCUUAGGUUAUGUUUUAGCUGUUUUUGCUGUUAGGAUUGGUGAUCUUUGAAAAGGCAUGAUAGCUAGAUAAACAAUAUGACUUAGCUUAGAAGAUGGUUUCUAACUAGGUUGAUUAUGCUAAGCAUUUGCUAUUAGGAUUUGUUAAUGUGAUUUAUUUUAGUUUGUUUAAUGUUUUCUUUGUGUGAUUUAUUUUUUUGCUUGUUA